AUGGCACAUCUGCACCGGUUCGUUUCAUUAGGUGAUAGAUUUAACUCACAGGUAUUCACGUUUAUAGUUCCACCAAAAAUCCUCCGUGAUUACGCCGACUUGUCUUCCCGUGAGUUCGAAUACGGUUACCAAAGGUGGACCCUAAGCUUUGUCAAAUCGGCCAAACACAUAGGGGUAUUCCUGGAGCUUAAGAAAGCGACGGAGGGGUUAAACUGUACCAUCGAUUUUGUAAUCACGUUAAUUAAUCACGAUCAUUUUACGCGUAAUGAGGAGCUGAGAGAGCGUAAGACGCAGUUCACUGUGGACAUGCCGCGACAUGGGAAUCCGCACUUUAUCGAAAUAGAGGAGUUAAUAAAGAGGAACUUCGCCAUGCCCAGUGGUGACUUCAUGGUGGAAGUGGAACUACGGCACAUAAAAACAGUAUUUGAGGAUGUAAUCCAGCUGCCGCGGCGGCCCAGCGAGGUCAACAUGCACCAGAUUGACUAUCAAAACUUUGAGACCCGCCAUUUUCAUUUUGGGGACUCCGACUGGAACGUGGCGCUGUCCCACCUGGGCGAUGACCACUCCAGCACGAGCCAGGACGUGGUUCGGCUGACCCGACUGACCAACUUUGACCUCCUAUGCAAGACAAAAUACGCCGUCGUCCUCGGGAAAGGGAAGAAAAUGACGGAAACGGACAUCAUGGAGGUGUCCUUAGACUCAGAAAACGAGGACCCCGGAUACACGCUGCACCAAAGUCUAUACAACACAGCGUCGCAUAAAGGACGCCUGCAGCUUUUAGUCGAGAUGUACUCGACAACUUACUACAGUCGCGUUCGACUGGAACCUCUGACAAAGAACAAAAACAGGGCACAUUGCUACGACCGCGAGCAACAGGCGUGGUUGAUGGAAUCCAACGUUAGUGGACCAUAUUUGAAGCUAAGACUGUACUAUACCGAUGUAAAGAACGUCCCUCGCAGGUAUACGAGGUUUGUAAACUGGUCCGUUGCUAUCGUACCUGCUCUCCGUACUUAUAAACCCGUGAAGGGUUUGGAUGGACCUUAUACUAGUUAUUACUCUCAGCAAACAGACGCAGAAAAGGGAUACGAGAUGGUGACAAACAUCAGAACAGAGGAGCUCAACGAUCCAGAUAACAUAUACCUGGACGAGAACGACCACACCCUGACAGUGGAGAUCCACUGGCUGAUGUCACACCUGUUGUACCAGGUGGAAUACGGCAAGACGGACGACGUCCACAAGGUACAGCGGCACCAAAUGAGUCGGGAACUAUUGGCUCUUCAAGCUGAAAACUAUUCUCUGGAAAAACAGCUGCACAGUUACCAGCAAGCCAUAGCCAAGAAAGAUUCCAAAGGCCGCUAUUCUGAGGACGGGUCACUGGAGGAUUAACAGAUAACGGGAAAAAAAUUAACGAGGAGGAAUUAACAGAUUGCCAAAGAAUUCGUGAACUGCGGAUUCCCAAGGGUUUAACAGAUUGCGGAAGAAUAUGUAAACAGCGGAAAACAGGAGAAGCAACAGGUUGUUGAAUGGUCAACAGAUUACGGCACAUUUAGUGUACUGUAAUUACUCUUAAAUCUACGGACUUCUGGGGAAUCAGGUUGCGGGAAAAUACUUAUUUAAGGCGACUCUGACAAGAAGAUCAACGGAUCCCUGUAGAACUAAACGAUUGGCAAGUGACUUAAGGACAAGCAUUCCUUGACGUAUGGCGACCAUAAAAAGGCUACUCUUCUUCCCCGUGGAAUGUUCCAAAUGUAGACCCUCGGGGACAGACGGAUACAAGAAUAAUUAGCACAUAUCAAGAAGAUAAGUGUAGAGGAUUCGACCGAUCAGUUUAAAGCUUUCAAAGACCAAAGUAAUUCUUGGAAUCACUCACGGAAAGAUGGGUAAAAGGAGGUUUGGCUUAUUUCUGAGGAAUCAACGGAUGAUAGAUGGUGUAUCGAAUAAUUUCAGAUAUUCAGGCUGUUGUUGGAAUGGUCCCCAUCCUUUAGUAAGAUAGAUUUUAAAUGACAGUGCUAAAAGAUGAACUACGAGUUGACGAAUAGUUGUAGAUUUAACGUAUGACUUGAAGAACGGCUCAGCUCUUAGGGAUUAAUGACAUUAAUAUAUUGCCCGAUUCAUUCUGACAAUCAAUAUCAGUUAAUACGUUGAUGCUCUUUUUAUACAUUAUCAGCAUUGCAAUACGUUUAAAUAGUGACUCAUAUACAAUAUUGGAGUCGGCUUGUGGUCAAAUAAUUGCACAAAUAUAUUCGCGCACUCGAUUGCACAAAAUUCUGUCUAAAUAGGAUUACUUUUUUCAAAGCUUUUUUCUCUUCGAAAUGCAUACUUACACAAAGACCAACGACAUCAUUUUGGCUUUACAGUGAGUCUUUGAUCAAAACUAAUCUGUAGCCAAU